AGAUAUCAACAACAAAGAAAGCAUUGGCAUUUUAUAUAUAUAAAGGUAUAUAUAAUUCUGUAAAUCAGUUGUAAGGGUUCAAAGCAGAUAUGGCUAACAGCAAUGACAGUGUUGUUACUUAUGAUAUUGCAUCUCUUCUUUCUUCAAGAAAAAGGGACUUCCUCAUCUGCAACAAUGGUGAUCAGGUUAAAAUCUGUAAUUUGGUUGGAAAGAUAGUUGGGUUAUAUUUCUCUGGCUCAUGGUGUGGUCCAUGUCUUCGUUUCACCUCAAAUUUGGUGGAAGUUUAUCAAGAACUCACAUCUAAGGGGGACUUUGAAGUUGUCUUUAUCUCAUCUGAUGGAGUUGACGAAGCAUUUGAUGUUCACUUUGCAAAAAUGCCAUGUCUUGCCAUUCCAUUUUCUGAUUCUAAGACAUUAAAGCACCUUAAAGAAGUGUUCAAAGUUAGGAGGAUCCCUUAUCUUGUGAUCCUUGAUGGAACUGGUAAGGUUUCAAGUGAUGAAGGAGUUAGGAUCAUUAAGGACUAUGGCGCGAGAGGGUACCCAUUUACGCCUGAAAGAGUCAAUGUUUUGAAAGAGGAAGAAGAGGCCUUCAAGAAGGAACAAUCCUUGAAGUCUAUCUUGGUUUCCAGCUCCCGCGAUUUUUUGAUUUCAAACAAUGGAGUUAAGAUUCCUGUGCUGGAGCUUGAAGGGAAGAUGAUUGGUCUGUAUUUCUCACUAACCGCUUAUACGGAAUGCCAUAAAUUUACCACCAAACUUGUGGAGGUUUACAACAAACUCAAAAACAAAGGCAACAAUUUUGAAAUUGUGUUAAUAUCACUAGACAAUGAAGAAGAGUAUUUCAAACAAGGUUUCAAGACUAUGCCAUGGUUAGCGUUGCCUUUCAAGGACAAGAACUAUCAAAAACUUGCUCAAUACUUCGACCUGAGAGACGUUCCAACAUUGGUCAUAAUCAGUCCAGAUGGGAAGACUUUGAACUCAGAUGUUGUAGAACUUAUUGAAGAACACGGUGUUGAAGCCUACCCUUUUACACCAGAGAAGCUUGCCGAGCUUGCAGAGACUGAGAAGGCGAAACUCGAGGAGCAAACUUUGGAAUCAAUUUUGGUUUCUGGUGAAAAAGACUUCGUGAUUGAAAAAUGUGGUUCCAAGGUCCCGGUGUCUGAACUCAUAGGAAAGAACAUUCUCCUCUAUUUCUCUGCCCAGUGGUUUCCUCCCUGUCAAGCUUUUCAUCCUAAACUAAUUGCAAUAUACCACGAGAUAAAGGCCAAGGACAAUGCAUUCGAAGUAAUUUUCAUCUCAAUUGAUCGCGAUCAAUCCUCCUUUGAUUACUUCUUUUCAAGCAUGCCGUGGUUAGUCCUCCCUUUUGGCGACGAGAGAAACGAAUUCCUUCGACAUAGGUUCAAAAUCAGAGGCAUCCCUGCGGUUGUAGCUAUUGGACCCUAUGGCCGAACACUCACCACACAGGCCAGGCAACUCUUACAAGCCCAUGGUGCCAAUGCCUAUCCCUUCAGCGAAGAGCAUUUGAAGCAAUUGGAGGAACAAAUUGAGGAGAUGGGAAACUGUUGAUUGUGUGUGUGAAGACAUAAAGAAGUGUUUGGGCAGUGAAAUGUGAAUCAAUGUUCUAGGCAUGGUUUGAACUUUGGAUCAUGAAUCUUUGUUGAUACCGUUUCAAAUAACUCGAGUCAAAAAAAAUAAGGUAAAAUAAAUGUAGCAUGUACACACCUUUGAGACAUAUAUGGCAUUCAUAAAUUAGAAAAUGAAAAAUUCUACAAACAAAUUAAGCCAAAAGUUAAUGUCUCACACUUUUUCUUAUAAAUUUUAAUACAUAGCACAGAUUCAAUAUACCUCUUGGAGGUCGCCAAUCACCGUUACCAUCAUGAACAUAUUUUUUUCCCCUCAAUUGCAUUUCUUUAACAUCUAACAA